UAUGGGCAGAUUGUAACAUGACAUGAAAAAUGAGACCUCCCCUCCUCAGUUGCCUUUACACAGUAUAAUUUGUUUAAAGCCACAUCAUGGAACUAUUUUCACCUUCACCCUUAACAGCGUCAAAAUGAUUUGUGAAUGAAAUGUUUCUGCAGUGUGUAACGUCAUUGAGAGAGUAGCAUCACAGCGUUACGUAUGUGUUUCUUCAACAUGCAACCCACUGAGCAAAAACUAUCCACAAGUCACUUUUGUGUUUUUGACGUCACUGACUAAAAUGGCCUCCUGUGCCGAGCCUGAUUUAAAUAUUUUUAUUACACGGCUCUUCUCAAUGCUGUAGAAUGCUCCAUUCACUUGAAUGGGCCUUCCCAACAGUCGGUUCAUCCUGUCGGGACUUAUUUUCCUGAUAAUGACCGCCGCUCUAUACAUUGUCCCUUAUGUAUACCUCUUUUCAGCAUUCACUAUCGAUGUCCAAGUGACAUCCUUACAGUGUGCAAAAUAUUAAAAAAGUUUUGAAUUUUUUUUCAUUAAAUUUUAGACUUACUCUCAACUUCCGUUACAGACAUCUCAAGAACUAUUUGUGGUUCAAAAUCAACAUUUUGUGAUGAUUACAUUUUACUCCAUGCAGCAACAGCUACUGGUCUGGAUUUGAACCCUGAGCCUCAAGUAUAGUAACCUUCAGGGGAGAUGGACUCUAACAGCUGAUCUAGACUUUAGACUUAAGACUUUCUUUAUUUGUCAUUCAAAUUACACCUCACAGUGUAGAGCGGAAUGAAAUUUAGCAGCAGUUGGUUCAGCAUAGUACAGGAUAAAAAACAGCAGCAAGUAUUCACAUAAAAAUAAAUACAUUAAAAGUGUCAAUAUAAAUACUAUAUCAAAUAUAAAACGUAUUGCACAUCUAUGUAUCAGCUUUAAUAGAUACUGUGUUUUGGUCAUUUACAUUUAAUCUCACCUAUUUACCAAAUAGCACAAAAUGCCCAUUUCUACAUAAUGUUGCUUUAAGUUGUUUAAUGCUGCUGGACAGUGGAUUUCAGCGUGAAGGACUCAGGUUGGCUUUUCUUCGACAGUCCAAAGGAUGUGACUUCAUGCCCUCAUGAGUUUUGUCAUCUCAGUGCCCCUCGUCUCUGCUAACAGAGAGCAACAGCAGCUAAUGUUUGUUUAGAAAUGGAGUCCAGUAAGAUAAACUAAUGAGUGACAUGUGGAGUGGAGUGCAGCACAUGUGGAAAAGUAGUACGAAGCCUAAAGGGGCUGCAGAAGCUACAUGCACUCUGAUACAUUUGGGGUAUGUUGCAUUGUGGGAAAUGUAGGCAUCGGGUUUGAAAAGAAUGGGAAAUAAAAUGGUGAUAUCUCUGUCCUGCUGUUUCAAGUUUGAUCAUCGGUUUUAAAACUGUUUAUAAUGAGUCCAAUUAUGGAGUGCAGCAUCGGACCAGCAACUAUUCUCACAACCUGGUGCCUACAUUACCCACAAUGCAGCAAUGAGUGAUAUGAACAGAGACAAUUUAUCAGAUCCGGCUUCCUCUGGAGCCACUAAAGCCUUUUUACUACUUUUCCCCCCACAUAUGCAGUAGUACGCCACAAGACCUGUAAACACACAUGUGUGAUGUAUGAAACUGGUUGAUUUACCCUUUAAUCAAAUGCAAAUUUGGAGUUCUACUUUCAGUUAUAUAAAAAAAGGGAAUUAAAUGAUCAAAUUAAAACUGAUUGGAUGUAAAUGAUCGGUAGACUUGUAAUAGGAACAAAGGCAUGGAGACAUGCGUUCAUCCAGUAUCUCUGCUAUAGAUGAAUUCCACAUCAGUGAGCAGCUCCUCUUUCAGUGUCAAAAUCUAUCAACUCCGAUCUUGUGUUAUUUACGUGAACGCUGAAUUUGAUGCACUCUCGUUGUCAGAACAGAACGUUUCUUCAAGGCUGUCUGAUGCUGCUCCCGCCUCGAUCGACCUGAAUAUGAUCCAGGGACGCAUCAGCUCCGCGUCGGGUUUUAUUUUUGAAUCAAGCGCUGUUUCCGGUCCUGGCUCCGAGCUCGGUCCCUGUCCGCGCAGUCAGCUGUCAGGACGGACGUGUCGCCUGUGUUCCACACACUGCGGACUCCCCAGUGUGUUUCUGAGCCACCCCGCCGGUCCUGGAGGGAUCCUGAGUGAUACUGAGUCGACAUAAAGCGUCCGGACUUCGAAGCCAUGAACUCAACGACGGAGCCUCAGGUGUGCGAGGAGUGGAGGGACGGCUCGGAGGGCUCCGUCUUCCACCUCGCUCACAUCCUCCUCUUCCUCGGCUUCAUGGGCGGCAGCGGGUUCUACGGGCUGCUCUACCUGUUCACCUUCCUCACGCUGGGCUUCUUCUGCGCCGCGCUCUGGGCAUGGUCGCUCCUGUGCACGACGGCCGCCUUCCUGUGGAGCUUCGCGCUCUUCGGGGUGUGUUUGGGACAAGCCCUGCAUGUGGCCUACCGGCUGAGGAGCGUCUCCUUCGGGAAGGAGUUCCAGGAGCUUUACAGCUGCCUGUUCAAGAGACUGGGGGUGUCGCUCACUCACUUCGGGAAGAUCGUGUCCUGCUGUGAUGCAGAGAUCCACAGCAUCAGCAAGGACCACUGCUUCGCCAUAGAGGGGAAAACCCCCAUUGACAAGCUGUCGGUGCUGCUGUCUGGCAGAAUCCGUGUGACUGUUAAUGGGGAGUUUCUGCACUAUAUCUACCCCUUCCAGUUUCUGGAUUCGCCCGAGUGGGACUCUCUCAGACCUUCAGAGGAGGGUGUAUUCCAGGUGACCCUGCGUGCUGAUAACCCCUGCCGCUACGUGGCGUGGAGGAGGAAGAAACUCUAUUUGCUUUUUGCCAAGCAUCGUUACAUAGCCAAGAUCUUUGCCCUGGUUGUGCGCAACGACAUCGCAGAGAAGCUGUACUCCCUCAACGACAAGGCCUUUGACGGCUCCGGGCACCGCUAUGAUCUCCGCUUACCAAGUUACUGUCACAUGCCAGGGACUGAAUUAGAAAAAACAGAUGCCUUCCUGCAAGUGCCAGUGCAGUGUGAAAGGACUGCCUGAACGUGCACGCACACACACACACACACACACACACACACACACACACACACACACACACACACACACACACACACACAUACACACACACACACCACUUAAACACUCGAGCGACUCACUGCACUGGAAGUCAGUUACUGUAGGUGGGCAAAGCAGAGUGUUAUCUGUACCAUUUAGGGUGAGGGGGUGUCAAACUGUUAAAUUUAACCCCAUAGUCAUCAGAUCUCAAUAUGCAAAUCAGGUGAACGGAGCUGGCAGCCUGGUCAAUAAAUGUGUUUUGCCAGAUCAAGAGGAUACUCUUGAGGGAUUGCUUCAACACAUGUUACCAGGCUCAGAUGAAUGAUAGAUAUAUAUUGGCUACUUUAUGGUUGACUUGCAAAUAAUGCUGAUGUUCAUCACUAAGGUUUUUGACAGGCAGUUGAGAUAGCAGAAAGAUGUUUUUUACAUGUUGGGCAGACUGACUCUGAAGGACAUCAUCAGUUUUUCUAUAAGUUCACUAUAAACUUUGUUUUCACUUCACUCUGUUUUUUUUUUUUACCACUGGGCACAAAAUCUCCUAAGAAAUGAAGGCUGACUAGAAGUCCAUUCAGGUUGGCAGGCUGGCACCAUGUCUGUCUGCUUUCCUGUCUCCAUUACAGACUAAAUGAACAAAUGAACUCAUGUGCUGCUCUGUUGUUGGUAGUUACUAAACUACAGAAAACAAAGGGAUCCAGUUGUCUUUGCAGCAGCAGUGCAAACAGUAAUAUUGCUUGAAAACACUAGGGGUGGAAAGGUUGUCUAUAUCUUCCUUAGCCUUUUUGUCAUUUGUUGAAUACAUACACAACAGAAAUGUGUGUUUUUAGGGGAAUUGGUGCCAAAAUUAAAACAUGUAACAGAUAUGGACUAUGAGCAAAGUUGGUCUUUGUUUACACAAAUCCAGUUAAGUAUUAGAAAUAGAUGAGUCGCAAAUACUGCGGUGACAUCUCGUUACUUUUGACAACUCUGUCUAGAAAAUCAAGACCAAUCUCUCCAGCAGUCAUAGUGACUUCAAGUUCAAGGGAGGUGCCACUGUCUAAUACCAUAGCCUACACUUUACAUUGAUUCCCCGGGACUCAUGUUGAAUUUAUUAUUGAUUUAUUAAUAUUAUUAUGAAUGUAAUUUCAGCCUGUUAUGGAUUAGGUAUUUCAUUAGUCAUAGCCAGGCCAUUCAUGGAAUAAUCGUGAAUACGUACCGUAGUGUAUGACACAGUACUUCAUCAGUUGGUGAAAUGUGGUGGAUGGUCAAGUUUUUUCUCUAUUUGUCUAUUAUCUAUACAUCACGACCAAUGUUUAAUAUGUAAAAUAUGAUAAUGUUUAGAUUGAUGUCCAUAUAUAAUACCUUAAUCAGCAACUGGGGGCCACUGUCUGUUGUCUUUAAUCCAACCAGUGAUCUGGCAGUAAUGGCGGUAAUGCAAGUUGGCAGAACCAGCCAGUAAAAUUUGAAUCAUGCUGAAAUGCAGAGUCAGCGAGUUGUUUUUCAUGUGAGCCAACAGGAAGUUGGACAGCUUUAGCAGAGAGAGUCUUUAACAUGGAUGCUUUGUUCACCAUCUUGGAAAGUGGAACCCAUUUCUCCUCAAACAUUCAUGGUGCACAGUCACUGUGACCCAAUUGUUUCCCAAAAUGUUGAACUUCUCCAUUAAGCUAGUAGUUUGGUGAAUCUGUUGGUGACUCACUGUUAUGGUUGUACCCAUCAAAUUAGCUGCUCUUGACUGUGUAUUCACUGACAGCCUUUUGCAGCUGUCCAGUCCUGUCCAAACACUGGCUUCUGCCCGGGGUUGAACACAUUAUAGUGAAUUAAGACAGCAACUGUAAUGACGUUGAUGAGCUUUAUUUAUAUAGCACCACCGACCCUUUGAUUUGUAGAUGACCGCUCUACCUCCUGAGCCUCGGCCACUGGGAAUUUCUUGAAUUAUCGCUUACUAUCCAGUCCUGGACCCUAACAUUCUGCCCGAGCACUUUCUAGGUAAAUAAGAAAUAAAUUAAGAAAAAAAAAACAAUUAAGAAAACUUGUAUUAAAAGUGCCUGAUGUGUUAAUUUGACUCUCUGUGGUUCUAAUCACAUACUGAAGCAGAACAGAAGAAACCCCAGCUGUAGAUCUCCAGUCAACUCAACAUCCAUUUAAACUUCACACAGUGCGGAACUUUGACUGAGGAAGUCAUUCAUCUCUGUGUCUUCUGAUCGGACUAUUGAUUAAGCUCAUUGUGCACACGUCCACAUGAAGGUUUGAAUAUAACUAAGAAGAGUUGGUUACAGUCAGUGUGAUUAUAGACUUAUGACACUUCAGAUUGAGCUGUAAAGGUCAAACUGAACCUAAAGACAAACAGCUGUGCUGAGCAACUUUGUUUACAGCCAUUCAUUGUGCUUGCACUGAAAGGGACUUAUGUAUAAAGUGAAAUAAACAGGUGGCUGCAGAUGUCUUAACUGGGAUGUGUAAUGUUGACAGAAUAGAUCGGUGCCUAUUGUGAAUGUAAUAGUGUGGAAAUGUAAUAUGAAUGAAA